AUGUCUGGGAUGAAAACCUUGCAAAGGUGCAGGAAUGCCAUUGCACCAGACAAUGUUGUUGUGAUUGAUGUUGAUUCUGAGCAUUUUGACAGCGUUAUUAUAAUUGAUGUUCCUGCGCCUUUGCCAAAGAAAUGGCAAAGUUCUAGCAUGGUCAGGAAAAAGGAAAAAUGGCCAUCUAGGACUGUGAUAUGUAUUGAUGAUGAUGAAAGUACUGACAGUGACCAUUCUGGUCUUGGUGUAAAUGAGAAUGGAAGCUUCUCUAGUGGCGCUUCUCCUAGCAAGAUAUCUUCCCCUGCCUCAAAAAACUUCGAAAGUUCUGCAGUCGCUGCUAGCAAAGAAUGCCAGUUUGACAAUGGUCAAUCUGGUAUUAGAGAUCAUGACAGUGCUUCGAGUGUUUUGAAUGAUGAUCACCACCCAAAUGUUAGAACAGAAAGCAAGAAUGGGCAGCACAAGGAACCCCCAUUUUGUUCUAGUACUGGCAAAGCAAGUCAUGGAAAUGAAGCUCCAUCUCCUUUUAUUACAGAAGAGGAUACCAAUUUUGAUAGCUCUUCUUAUGGCUAUAGUAAGUCUGAUGGUCACAAGAGAUCACAUUCUGAUGCCAAAGAUCCCAACUAUACUGGGCAGAAAGAUGGCCAACAUUAUGAGCCAGUUAGUCCCAGCUGUCAGAAUGAGGAGAGUUUGAACUCCGCAGCAUCAUCUUAUUUUCCUUACCAUGGACAGGGAACUGAACAAGUUGAUUGUCCUACAAUGGCUUUCCAAGAUGAUGAGGGAACUCCAACGAACUAUUUUCAUGGGAAACCUAGUUUAGUAGAGGAAGAGGCUUCUAUGUGCAAGCAUCAAAAUUCAUAUGAAACUUAUGGUGACAAUGUCAGAUUUACUCUUAAAGACGGAGAGAAGAAGCUUCAGGAGACAUUUACUGCUAGUGAGCAAGCUAAUGUUGGCGUUAGUCCUUCUGGUGACAAAGUUGGACCUGUCCCAGGGGAAGUCGCUUUCUGUAAAAAUUCAUCACUGGGCUCAGAAGAUGGCAUUGAUAACUGUUAUCAUCAGGAAACCAGGAAAGCAGUUUCUGAGACACCAUCUUUCUGCAAUGUGCUUGAGGAGAAUUCUUCUGUUGAGGCAGUGGAAACUCUUGUUGAGUCUGUGUCAAAAAGUAUGCACAAGGAUGAAGAUGAUCAAAAACAUAUGCAGAAUGGAGGUACUGCACUUGGUGUUGAGAAUUUUAUCAUUAAUGAACGUGAAAAGCUCAAGGAAACAGAUGAAUACAAAAGAGCACUAGAGGUCGAGUGGGCGUCUCGACAACAAGCAUUAAAAAUUCAGGCUGAAGAAGCACAACACUUGCGGCAGUCGCGGAAGAGAAAAAAGGCAGAAAGCAUGCGCUUACAGGACAUGGCGAAAAGACAAAAGCAGCGUGUGAAGGAAAUAAGGGAGACUCAAGAGAAGGAUGUGGAAAAUCUCAACUUGAAGGAGGUAAUGCGCUCCCAGGUUAGGAAGGAGCUCAAGAAACUGGAAAUGACAUGCUGCAAUAUGGCUUCGCUGUUGCAUUCCCUGGGGAUCCCAGUGGGUAGUUGGCCUUGUCCGUCACCAAACGAGGUACAGACGGCUUACAAACGAGCAUUGUUGAAGUUUCACCCAGAUCGAGCUUCGAAAUCUGACAUUCGUCAGCAGGUUGAAGCCGAGGAGAAAUUUAAGCUUAUUAAUCGUCUGAAGGAGAAACUUCUACCAUCUUCUUGA